CCUUGUUCAUUUGAUCAAAGCCUGAAGUAUUUGUCAGAAGGAUCCAAGUCUCCCCUGACUCAAUCGUCUGAAGUAAAGAUGGCUCCGACACACAAAAGAGAGUGUGCCCUGUGCACAGAAGAAUUCGCGACACCAAAGAUUCUACCCUGUGGUCAUCUCCUGUGUCGACAAUGUAUCAUUUCCUGGAUGGACUCCAAACCAGAUGCCGGGUGUCCUCUGUGUAGAUGUCCUAUAGUAGAGCAGUCAGAUGGAAGUUCGUCUGACACUGUUGACGCCCUGCCGACAGACUUUGUGAUGGAAGCGCUGGUGGAGAGCGCUCGUGUGCUGAGUAAAGAUCACCUUUGUUGUGUGUGUGAGGACGUCAGGGCGGACUUCAUCUGUAUGCAGUGUCAGGACAUGAUGUGUCCAGCGUGUACAAAGGCUCAUAAAAAGUUUUCGGGAACCCGGAGUCACGAUGUGGAGAGUGUCAGCACUGUGACACCUGAACGUCUGGCUGCCAGCCGCCCUGCACUGUGUGCUGACCACGGCGACAAACAGGCGGAGUACUUCUGCUUCAAGCACCGCCUCGCUGUCUGCUCAGCCUGUAAGGCUAACAAACACAAAGUAUGCCCGGAAGUAAACUAUCUUGACAAUGAAAUCGAUUCAGCUCAAAAUUUACUAAACGACUUGACAAAGAUUCUGGUAGAAGCGGAGCAGAAGCUAGAGCAGGCUAUAGGCCAGGUGACGUCACGUUUACAGGAAGUUGAUGUCAGCGAACAAGAAGACUUGGCGCAGGUAGACAAGUCAUGUGACCGUCUUCAGGAGAUGGUGGAAGAUUUCCGUAAUAAUUUGAAGGAAAAGACUCGCACGUCACAUCUUAAAAUCAGGAAUUCAUUACGUGACGUCAAGACCGACCUUAGCAACCGUCUAGGGAAGAUGACGUCACACAAACACAUUGUGACGCGAGCCACGUCAGUGUCACCACGUCCUGCACUGAUACACAUGACUCUGAUUCUUGCUCUGACAUACAGGAUCAACAGCCUUGACCUCAGCACCUACUUGCAAAGAGAGUUGUGGGAGAAGCCCGUGUCUAGUGUAGAAUGUUGUAAGAAACUUGUCAGACGGAUACAACAGGAGCUACUGAUGUUGGAGCAGCAGUGGACAGUUGCAGAGCUGGACACACAGCCACCAGUCCUUGUGUUCCACGACAACUGCGGAACCAACAUUCGUCUGACGAACGGUAACAGGACCGCGGAGAGGGUAGAUUCCCAGGCCUACUGUAACGUGGUGGUUGUGUCACGUGACGCUUUGGUGGCGAACGUCUUGUAUGAAGUCAAAGUGGACGAAGUAUCAGCCACAGAGAACACGUUAUGCGUAGGAGUGACAAGAACACCUCCUGCGUGCCUCGAUAUAACGAGGUUUUCCGAAGACCUAGAAGACUCCAGCAUCAUCGGAGUCAAUGGGAUCAGCCAUCAGGAAAGAUUUGUGUUUAGCCCGAUAGGAGAAGAUCUCAAGAAACUUCAAGUCGGGAGUCUAGUCGGGGUCCUGAUGGACUCAUUUAACGACCUUCACCUCUACGUCGAAGGACAGGACCAGGGCGUUGUAGCGACGGAUAUCCCACCGCCCUGGUUUGCUGUCUUUGAUAUUUGCGGUUCAAUCACUAAGAUGACAGGCCUUCCUAUAUCUUAAAAAGGAACAAGAAGGUUGAGACAGUAAAGCGAGAAUGUCUUUUCGACUGACGACGCCAUCAUCCUGGCCAUUGAUACUACAAUUGACUGCUUAAACUCUAGUUUCUUCGUUAACCUGUUUCCUUUAAAACAAUAAGAUGACAAGCUCUUUCGUACGUGAUUCUUGUUUUCAGUUUAAUACAUGAAAAUAAAACUAUAAAGUAAUAUUUUUGUGCAUGUGUGAAUUGCCACUCCCUUAUAUA